GAAAAGUCAAACGUUCGAACAUUUAGCGCAGUAUAAAAAUUGUUGGCUCACAACGUUGGGAUCAGUAUAAAAUGGCUACAACUUUAGGAAGCAGAGCUCCGUCAAAGCGGCAUAAAUGGUCCUUUGCUUUUUCUCAGAGACGAGCUGAUAAAGUGACGGAGCUGGCUUCACCUCCGGGAUUUAGUUCAUCCCUUGGACAAGGGCACAGUGAAGCUAGUCGUGAGACAGAAGCAAACCUUAUUGUGAAGAAAUCCUGGGAUGUAGCUUUGGCUCCAUGGAAGCAGGUGCCUAUGAACCUUUUCAUUAUGUACAUGGCUGGAAAUUCUAUCUCAAUCUUCCCGAUCAUGAUGGUGGGAAUGUUGUUCUUGAGACCUGUCAAAGCGCUUUUAACAAUUCAGUCAACAUUCAAGAUUAUUGAAGGAGGCCAAGCUAUUCUUCAGAAGAUAGUGUAUCUUUUCGGUAACCUGGCAUGUUUGGCCUUAGCUCUUUAUAAAUGUUCAUCAAUGGGCCUAUUGCCAACACAUGCAUCUGACUGGUUGGAUUUCGUAGAGCCUCUCCAAAGGAUUGAGCAUUCUGGAGGGGGCAUCAUAUUGUCGUGAACCAACGAACUUGGCCAUGAAGCUGGUCGAAGUUGUAAACAAAGCGCACAUGCCAGGACUGAAUGUCUGUUUUGUACAGUUCACUUUUCCUGUGUGCGUGUGUUUCGACAGUAUGCAUCCAGCAUCUUAUGCACAUACAUCAGCACUUUUGCAGCACUUUUUGUAGCUUAUGUAAAGCUUGACAUACGCACAAGCAACUCUCGCCUAGGAUGCUGCUGCAUAGGCCUGGCCUUCUAAAAGCCCGAGAGAUAGCAACUUUUCUGUAUUAAUGAUGUUGUGCUAGUUCUUUUUUCCACGCACAUUUUUACCAAUGGAGGGGCAGGCGAAGUAUUCGCACAAUUUUCACUGUUGUAUUUUUAACAGAAGUCAUGUAUUGAGCUUUUUUUUUUUUCAUUUGUGGUCCCGAGGCUUUGUGCAGAUUAGCACUGCGGGUAAUGAAAUCGUAAUAAGGAGCUUGCCAUGUAAUGUGCGGCUCUGAUUUAGUGCAAUUCGACUGACAUUGAAUUUAUAAUGAUACAUCGAUGAAAUAUUGAUGCAUGUUAUUAUUGACUUGAUUUACUUUUUUGCCUUGUAUAGCCAACGAUGCCAAGCAUGUGGUUUUUUUGUAGGAUGCUUGUUGUUGAAGAGACAGUAGAGGACACUGUAGCAAUGUAUAUGUCUAUAUUGAUUAAAGACGUACAAAUCAAUGUGCCAGUUUUCCAAGCACUUGAAAGAGGUUGUACACAGUUUCUUGUGUAGUUGCUAAAGGCUUGGCACACACACACCAGCAGCUGUGUGAAUUAAAUAAAUGAAAACAUUUCAAAAUUGUUUCUCAUAUUCAUUAUAUUUAUGAAGGGUACAAGACAACAGCACAUGUCUACAGUGCAUAUGAAGUGUAUUAAUUAAACAAAAAACUUCAGUGGUUUAGAAUAACACGAAGCUCCCACUAAAGCAUGCCUCAUAGUAAGGUAAUGGUUCUGGCUCGUAAGCCUCUGAAAUUAAUUAAAUUUUAUACUUUAUAACUUUUUUCUUUUGCUGAAAUUAAACUGAUUGUUCAGCUCUCUUAGUUGUAUUGUGCAAGAUGUUUUCAAACUGUAGGAAGUCCUCGUGACCUGCCUGGCACCUGUAAUGUUGCUUUCUUUGCAUAAAAUAAUAAAAAAAGAGCUGUGUCUUUA